CGAGGGUCCUCGCGGACAGACGUCACUGCUGUCAGCUCUUGGCUCAGUCUUCCAUCCUCGCAGGCUUCGGAAGCACCGAGGUGGCACGAGCGGCGUUCGCUCCGAUAUGUUCUUCGCGCCGUGUCCGCAGAUCGCUCCCGUUAUUCUGAUAACGCUAAGUGAGAAGUACUAACUCACAGAUGGCACCGUGCACAGCGGAAAGGACGGAUCCUACGUUGACUGGAGCAAAGGAAGGCAGGAGGGACGGAAAGACUCCGCCAGAAUGACUCCCAACAAAGAAAAUCUUCUCCUCGCGCAGCGGUCGUAACCUCGUCGCCGGAAUCAAGGAGCGCGCGAGCGGCCGUCACACGCAACCAUGCCGGUGCGACGGGGUCACGUCGCGCCGCAGAACACGUUUUUGGGGAUUAUUAUCCGCAAAUUCGAGGGUCAAAACAAGAAGUUUGUGAUAGCGAACGCACGCGUGCAAAACUGCGCCAUCAUCUUCUGCAACGAUGCCUUCUGCGAGAUGACGGGCUUCUCACGCCCAGACAUCAUGCAGAAGCCGUGCACGUGCGACUUCCUGCAUGGUCACAUGACCAAGCGCCACGCUGUGUCCCAGAUCGCCCAGGCCCUGCUGGGGGCAGAAGAACGCAAGGUGGAGAUUACCUACCACCGCAAGGAUGGCUCCGACUUCCUGUGCAACACCCACAUCAUCCCGGUGAAGAACGAGGAGGGCGUGGUCAUGAUGUUCAUCUUGAGCUUCGACUACAUCCUGGAGGCAGGAAGCGAGGACUCACUGGAGCGACUCGACCACACGCCCCCUUCCCGCACUCAAUACAGGAAGGGUCGUUUCUUCCGAUUCCGCCUCCCUGCGCCCCUCAGUAUCCUGGGGGUGAGCAAGCAGUCGCUCCCUCAGGAGGACCCGGAUGAGGUGAGCGUGCACGCCCCGGCCCGACCGGAGCCGCGCUCCUCCUGUUCCUCCGGCUCCUCCUCGCUCUCCCUCUCGCUCUCCCCGCGUGAGCUCCACCCCUCAGUCGCUGACAGCCACAGCGCCUCCUACGUCAACGACAUCGAGGCCCCGAUCGGCCAGAGUCUGCUGGGAUCGUCCUCGCCUGUGUCGGGGCCCCGGGACCACUCCUCCUCGCGGGGGGCGUGGCAGGGGGCCGGGCCACGCGGCUCCGUGUCAGGCGGCCCGUCCCGCGGGAGCAUGUGUACGCUUCGUAGAGCAUCGUCCAUCCAUGACCUGGAGGGUUCCAGCUCGCACGCCAAGUGGAUGCAGCGGGACCGUCAUGCUAGUGAAGACAACGGCCAUAGCAUUAAAGUGUCACGCUCUUGGAUGGCUGGGGGACCAUUCAACCAGCUCAAAUGCAGUCUUCUGGGCUCCACCUCAGACUCCAACCUGACCAAGUACAGCACCAUCAACAAAAUCCCCUUAAUCACACUCAACUUCUCCGAGACCAACGACAGACGGCCUCCCUCACCUCCGUCCUCGGAGAAGACCAUCAUUGCGCCGAAAGUCAAAGAUCGCACGCACAACGUGACCGAGAAGGUCACUCAGGUGCUGUCGCUAGGUGCCGACGUACUUCCGGAGUACAAGCUUCAGACGCCGCGCAUCGACAAGUUCACCAUCCUGCACUACAGCCCCUUCAAGGCGGUGUGGGAUUGGCUGAUCCUGCUGCUCGUCAUCUACACGGCCAUCUUCACGCCGUACAGCGCCGCCUUCCUGCUGAACGACGUGGAGGAGCAUAAGAGGCGUGAGUGCGGCUACUCCUGCAGUCCACUCAACGUGGUGGACCUGAUGGUGGACAUCAUGUUCAUCGUGGACAUCCUCAUCAACUUCCGCACCACGUACGUCAACUCCAACGAGGAGGUGGUCAGCCACCCGACCAAAAUCGCCGUGCACUACUUCAAAGGCUGGUUCCUCAUAGACAUGGUGGCGGCCAUCCCCUUUGACCUUCUCAUAUUUGGAUCAGGGUCAGAGGAGACCACGACUCUGAUUGGCCUGCUGAAGACGGCUCGCCUACUGCGAUUGGUCCGCGUGGCACGCAAGCUGGACCGUUACUCGGAGUACGGCGCCGCCGUGCUCAUGCUCCUCAUGUGCAUCUUUGCACUUAUCGCCCAUUGGCUGGCCUGCAUCUGGUAUGCCAUCGGCAAUGUGGAGAAGCCUUAUCUGGGCGACACGAUUGGCUGGCUGGACAACCUAGGCAUGUCCAUCGGGAAGCAGUACAACUACAGCGAUCCGUCCUCUGGCCCGUCCAUCAAGGACAAGUACGUGACAGCGCUGUACUUCACGUUCAGCAGCCUGACGAGUGUGGGCUUCGGAAAUGUCUCCCCAAACACCAACUCGGAGAAGAUCUUCUCCAUCUGCGUCAUGCUCAUCGGAUCCCUGAUGUAUGCCAGCAUCUUCGGGAACGUGUCAGCCAUCAUCCAGCGGCUGUACUCCGGCACGGCGCGCUACCACCUGCAGAUGCUCCGGGUGCGAGAGUUCAUCCGCUUCCACCAGAUCCCGAACCCACUCCGGCAGAGGCUGGAGGAAUACUUCCAGCACGCGUGGACCUACACCAACGGCAUCGACAUGAACAUGGUGUUGAAGGGGUUCCCGGAGUGUCUGCAGGCCGACAUCUGUCUGCACCUUAACCAGACUCUGCUCCAGAGCUGCAAGGCUUUCCGCGGAGCCAGCAAAGGCUGUCUGCGGGCCCUGGCCAUGCGCUUUAAGUCCACCCACGCCCCGCCGGGCGAUACCCUGGUGCACUGUGGGGACGUGCUCCCAGCCCUUUACUUCCUUGCCCGUGGAUCCAUCGAGAUUCUGAAGGACGACAUCGUCGUGGCCAUCCUAGGCAAGAACGACAUUUUCGGCGAGAUGAUCCACCUGUACGCCAAGCCAGGCAAGGCAUGCGCUGACGUGCGGGCCCUCAGCUACUGUGACCUCCACACCAUCGACAGGGAGGACCUCCUGGAGGUGCUUGAGAUGUACCCAGAGUUCGCCGACUACUUCUGGACCAACCUGGAGCUCACCUUCAACCUGCGUGACGAGCACGUCAAGUUUAGCGCUGCUCGACAGAGGCACCUGUACACAGACGUGAGCGAUUCAGACCAGGCGGAGAUUAGAGGCUGCCUCAAGAGGACCGUCCCUGCAGGGACUCCAAACCAGCAGAGAGAGCGGGAGAAAGCGAAGAGCCGGGGCAGGGGAACGGAGGCUGACGUGCUCCAGCGGGGCCAUGCCGAGGAGGGGAGGGCAGGUGAGGAUGAGGGGGAUGAAGACCGCGAGGAGGAGAGGAAGACGGGCUUGGAGCACUCCCUGCCUCUCACGAUGAAGGCCACGCCUGCCUCGCAUGCUAAAGACAGCACGGCGUUUUACAACGAUAUAUGUGCUGAAGAAUGGCAUUGUGGGAACAUUGAUGACUCAGCACAGUCUCAGGACAGGGAGGGCAGAGUGGAUUGCGAAAGCGACAUCAUGUUUGGUGAAAUGGAGCAGAGGCUGGACUUACUGCAGGAACAUCUGAACAGGCUGGAGGCUCAGAUGACCUCUGAUAUCCAGACAAUCCUGCAGCUCUUGCAGAGACAGAGAGCGCCGGGACCACCAGCAUACAGCACCGUCGCCUCCAGCCCUGAAUACGACCCCCAAACCCCCAGAGCACAGGCUGCUACUCCCAUACAGACACAGAGUCCUGAUUUAGAACAGCCUGGUGACACAUCCAAAGAUUCUGCACGCGCCGCUCUCAUGGAGACGACCUCUGAUGUAAGCACGAUGACCCCGUUGGCAAGGGACCUGGCGUGGGAGGUGGAACUGGGACUGAGGCAGAGGGACACGAAGCCCCCGGAUUCGCCCUCUCGGAGGGCCCUCCAGCUGUCAGUCAAGCAGGUGUCCCUCCCAGACUCGUCACCUAGCAACGGCAGAACACUGGCACUCCACAGACCCUCCUCUGAUCCCGGACUUCCGAGGAAGUAGCAUUAGGUCAAAGGCUGCGAUUAUGAUGCACUAUAACAAGAAUUAAUAUAUCGGCUAGAAGGUACGACCAUCUUGGUGAUGGGUACUUAUGACAAGUUAUACUGCAUUAUAAACGUGUCUGGAAACAGGAGGCUAUCCUGGGAUCAUUCUCCUAUCCUACGGAAUACCGGACUGCAGAUCAAGCUAGACUCAGGGCAGACAGAAGGAAUGAACAAAUCAGAAACGCUGUUUGCAAAGUACGAAAUGCUAUCUUCCUAACUUUUCAGUCUCCUAAUCCAGCGGGCGGAUAAAAGGAUGCCGAAUGUAUUUCUCCAGCGUGACUCUGAAAGAUUCUUAACCGUGUGCGCUUCCCCGAUGGAAGACGUCCGCAGAGCAAGCACGCUGGACAUGCAACCGUAGCAACAGGAGAGCUGCAUGCUGGGAAGAAUGUGUCGGUUUUGUUUGUUUUGGUUUUCCUUUGCAUGUUUGCUACAAAAAGACUCUCACGCUGCUGCUCCCAUGACUCUGGCAUGUGUUUUUUCUCAAAUAUCACUUUUAAUGGAAAAAAAGAGAGAAUCUAUUUCUAUAUUAUUCUCCUGGUUUUCGGGAGCAAGUUUUACUUGAAGCGAUUGGUCUGGCAGGACUGCGCGAGCAUGUUGGUUCUCCCUCCGCAACACUGUACCUAUCGCUCUGUUUGCCACCAUGGCAACAUCGUGCCUCAGUAUUGCAUCUAGUGGGACUCUGCCAGCGCAUGUUAGCGUGUGUGGUUGUGUUUUACGUCCCAGUUACGCUCAUUUACUAUUAUCUUCUUUCAUUCCUUACAUUCGUUUGACACCUUUGCCUUCUGGGACUGGGCCUGUCCACUCGCCCGUUCAUUUCCCAGAGUCCUUUGCAUGCAUUUCACUUUAACUCACAUAAAGAAUUGUUAUUUCGUUUUUUGUUUUUAUCAGAACCAAACGUGUCAUUCUGACCUAAAGCGCCACGUGCAAAACAUCCAUUUUAUCUGAGGAAUUAUAUCUAGACGAUCGUAGAUAAUUCGCUACAAGCGAACAUGUUCGUUGGGGAGUGUUGGGGGAUUCCAGUUGGUGACCAGUGAUCAUCUGUGCACUGCGAUGGUGCGGAGACAAGCAACACCCCACUUGCACUUCCAUCCGUCAAACCAAUGGACCAACCCCAGAGGGCAGCACUGCCUCUCAGACUUUAGACGGAGCCAAUCAGAACGCACCGCACUUCAUAUAUCAUCAUGGAACGGCCAGAGCGACGGCUGCCCCGCGUGUGACAGCGAUGGCGUUAACCUCGCCACACACGUCUAUAGCCGCUGAAAUCCGCCUUGCUUAUCAAUUUAUUGUAGAUUAAUCUGCCGUAGGAGUCAGAGUUGGUACGGUACUUUAUUUAAUACCAGUAAGCACAACUGCAUGUUUAAACCAAAGUUGGUCUCUUUAGUUGUAUAACAUAAUCUCUUCAGUCCCCAAACAAAGGAUGCGUUUGCCGCCUUACUGACAAAGUCUUCCGGGGGUCUUCAGUAUAAUCUAAUAUGCAUGUUUAAACAUUCUUAGAGGGACAACCUAUUAUAGAACAGUCUGGUUUAGAAAUCAGAAGCUUCUUCUUAUUAUAGGGCGAGAUAGUGUAGAAUAGUGUUGCUACCAGAAGAUCUCCUAUAUCCAGGACUGCUUUUUGCAAGGAAACGUCCAGGAACCAUUACAGAACUUGAGAGAUAUUUUUUUCCCCCCUCCAAUCUCAAUUAAAAAAAAAAAAAAAAAAAAAAAAGUAAAAUUCAUGCAGGUCAAAAUUCAUGCAGGUCUCCUAAAACAAUUAGGAGAAAGAGAAAAACAAAACAGGAAACGAAAACUCCAAACCUGUUAGAGGUGGGAUCAGGUGGUGUCCUGGUUGGUGUCCCGGUCCCGGCAGCGUGACGUAGCUGCUGUGGACACCGAUGACCCCUCCACCCUUCGCCUCCUCAUGGCUGUUGCAGGUGUUGAUAAUAUUCUGCUGUCAUGCAGAUUUAAACUGGGUUCGGCACACGUCACCUCCUCGUCGGCGGUGGCGAAGUCCCUGCCUGUUUGAGUCUGACGGCUGAGAGCCAUGUGUUUAAACACCUCCAAGCAUAACCUCUGAUCUAUUGUCAGCUUUGGCUUGUUCAUGGGUGUGCAGAGCGUACAGAAAACCUGAUCCCAGGUCAGAUCACUGAGGAGUUUAAUAUAUGUGACCUCAGAACUGAAUGCGAUACUAUACAAUUUGCAACCUUUUGCACAAGCACUGCAAACCUUUCUGUACAGUGACACUUUUCAAAUCUAUUGCUGUUCACAAGAGAAUUGUUUUUAAAGCAUUUUUUUAAAUGUUUGCAACUGUAUUUUAUACAAUGCAACACAGUACAUCAGAUAGGAAUGUUUCCUUUUCUUGGAUAUAAACCGUAUAUUGGUAUGUAUUAUACAUUAUGCUGUAUAUUGUGAAUAGUAACAGAGUUGAUGAGAACACACAGUUAUGUAAAUUAAUAAAUAACAGAAUGCUUAAGUAAA